CGGCCUCCGUCCAGAUUUCCAAUCCCCCUUGAGCUGUGAUAGAUAAGCAAGAAUGAAGUGUGCAGUCCUCUUAAGUCCAUGUAGGUACCUGAAGUUUCAAUUCGUUUUCCUUAUUCCAGCACCUAGUCAUCUCCUACAAUGCUAGAUCACAUCGGCAUCACCGUCCCGACGUCGCGAUUCGAGGAAGUUACGGCCUGGUAUCUGGCCGCGCUUGCACCGCUCGGCUACAGCAGACAGAAGGAGUUUCACGGGCAGGGUGUUGGCCUAGGCCCGGACAGGUCGAACAUCGUUUUCUUUAUUGUCGGCAAGGGCGAUGCUGAAGUAGCUGCUACACACAUCGCAUUUCGAUGCACGGAUCGAGAUACGGUUGAGAAGUUCCAUCAAGAGGCGGUGGAAGCCGGUGGGAAAGACAAUGGGAAGCCGGGCUGGAGACACCAGUAUCAUGCAAAGUACUACGCUGCCUUUGUAAUGGAUCCUGUUGGAAACAAUGUAGAAGUCGUGGAUCAUGAUGUGCCGCGAUAAUUGCAAGCAACAGGAGCACGUAUGCCUCAACAGUAUUGUCAGACGUCAACGAGAUUGAAAAUACGAUAUAGAAUUACCACAGGCUGCAUUGUUUAUGCCGGUGCCCGCCGUGAGGUGUAGCCGUCUCCAUACCGCCUGCCCAUUUGACUGUUGCCAAGACCCGCGUUUGUUGACAGCUCCUUCCGUACGAAUCGAUCUCUUACUUUCUCAGCAACAUCUUCG